AUGGAUAAUACAACAGGAACGGACGACGAUCCACCCCUCCGAUAUGUAACUCUUCUUGUUGUCAUGAUACUGACCGAUAUCACCAUUCUUUUCGGUAACGGCCUGGCAAUUUGGGCAGUCUACAAGAACCCUAUCUUGCAGACGCCCACCAACUUCAUCUUUGCAAGCCUAGCAGCAACUGACUUGCUCUCAGGGUUAGUGUCCAUUCCACUCGAGUUGUACAACCGUCGGGUAGGCGCCAGCUGUUCCUUCCUGUUCACCACUGUCCUGUCUUUGCUCUCCUACAACCUAGGACUAAUCGCUGGUCUCCACUUCAUCGCUGUCACCACCGAUCGUUACAUAGCAGUCACCCGACCCCUUCGGUACUCUGCACUGAUCACCACCCAAAGAGUUGUCACCUUUAUAGGACUUUCAUGGGCGACUGCUGUCGGCAUCAUUGGGAUUCUCUUUUGUGUGUUCGCUGCCGCGUCGGUAGAAACCACAUCUAUAAGGUGCAGUGGACAGCACUACACGGACCACACGCAGCAAAGCAUUCUGUACUUUGUGGCCGUUGUGGUUGUGUUGUUCUGCAUCACUCUCCUAGCCUUGAACCUGAGAAUCCUUCAGAUCGCCAUUCAGCAAUCACGCCGCAUCGCCGAUGUCCAAAUUCUCUUCGGACCAAGAGAUGGCACGCCUGGCAAGGUCAAGGCGGUCAAGACUACGCUGGUCAUCGUCGGUGUCUUCUGUAUCUGUUGGUUACCUUCAAGUUUCACGCAUUUCCUCGUGGUCAAUUUAGAUUUGCCAAAGCUGGCCUAUAUGAUAAUUCUUGACGCAUCUUUCGUUAUGAUAUCUUUCUCAUCUGCAAUCAAUCCGUUCGUCUAUUGCUUCCGAGAUAGAUCUUUCCGCUCUGCUUUUCUGGAAAGAUUCUGGACGUUGGUGACAGUUUGCCAAGGAAAGUUAGAAUAA